GGUUAGUGUCAUUCUUAACCACAUAUCUCAGUUCUUCUCUCACCUUUUAUUUAACUCAUUCUAAAUGCCAUCUCACACCAAGCCGGUCUCCAAUGCUGCUCUCCCAAGAGUCCCAGCUCCACUGAGCCCUGCUCAACAAGUCAGAAAAUACACUGACUACUUGCUCAAAGAGCACAACCGGUACUAUGCACUGGAGUGUCUUCUCUUCCUCGACUGCCCGAUUCGAGUAUUCCGGGAAUGCCGUACCGAGCAAAUUGUCAAGAGCCAGUAUGAUGGACGGUAUGAGUACCAGUACCCAGUCAACUUGUUGCUCCAGAAGCUUCGUCGUCUCGCUGCUCAGGAGUUGGAGCAGGAUGUUGUGGAGCAAAAGAUGCGGGAGGCUUCGAAGAACAAGGUGCUCUUCGCCAAUGUGCUCAAUAUUUUUGCGGAUUUGCAAAAGGAAGCGGAAAAUUUCUCCAAGACUACAAAACAAUCAUCCACGUCACCAUCAAGCUCCUCUUCAUCCGAAGAAUCGUCGGCUUCUUCCUCCCCAGUCGUAUAAUUUUACCAAACUUAUUAUAUUCGUUGCCAAUUUUUCAUAAUCUGUCAUUAUUUUCUUGUGUUUUCAACUAAUUUUCCCUCAUUUUUAUUAUCCAGUUUUUCAAAAAAACUAAUCCCGAUUGCAAUGUUUCUUGUCAAUUAAAACUGUACAUCACAGAUAAAACUUCAAUUCAGUUUACUUAUGUUUGCAAAAAUAUU